CCCGGUGGUAGCAUGUUGUGAUAGAAACCAAUUGUCGUCGCUACCCGAAAAGACAAAAAGAGGAACGGUGAAGCAGUAGCAUGACACGCACUGUGAGUGACCGCUGAGGUACGGACUGUGUGCAUGCAGUGUGCUCCCUGUGCGGUCGGGCGGCUCGUCAACCUCGGAAGAAGAAGAAGGAGAAGAAGAAGAAGGAGGAGGAGAAGGAGGAGGAGAACGUUAGAGUCCGUGGUGUUAGCUCGCUGACAGUUGGAGGCUAUGUUUGCUGCUGCCGGACGUUAGCAGACGUUAACGUUUGAGCAUGGCAGAUAGAAAGGGGAAACCCGUCACUCCGAUCAAAACGAAGAAAGAACAACAACAGCGUAAGAAAAAGGAGGAAGAAAAAGCAGCAGAGGUUUUUGAGGAAUUCUUGGCAUCAUUUGAGACCAGUCAGAAGAACGAAGCGAAAACUUUUGUCCGUGGCGGUAUCGUGAACGCCACCAAAGAGGAGGAAGCAGCGGAGGUCAAGAAAAAUAAGCUGUAUCGACCUGCUACGAAGUUUGUUCCCGUGUCCCAGCAUGUGUUGCCGUUAUCACCUACUGAAAGCAAGAAGUCUACAUUUAAAAAAAGGACAGAAGAAAAGAAGAAGAGUAAUCUGGAACUCUUUAAAGAAGAACUUAAGAUUAUACAAGAAGAGCGCGAAGAGAGAUAUAAAAGGAAGAAAAAUGAUCCUAGCGGAGGAGGAGGGGGAGACCUGGAUAUACCUUUAUCAGGGCGAUCAACAUUGUACGAUGACCUAACAGUGCCAACCACCACUAACCUCUACAUCAGCUGCAUUAGCCCAAAGAUGAACGAGGAGAUGCUGUGCAAAGAGUUCGGUAAGUAUGGUCCCCUGGCCAGUGUGAAGAUUAUGUGGCCCCGAACCGACGAGGAGCGCUGCAGGACCUCCAACAGAGCCUUUGUGGCUUUUAUGACACGGAAAGACGCGGAGAGAGCCUUGGCUACACUUGAAGGUAAAGUGAUUAUGGGGUUUGAAAUGAAGCUGGGAUGGGGGAAACCGGCUCGAAUUCCACCUCAGCCCCUCUACACACCGGUGGGGGUGAGGGCCACGCCGCCGCCCCCCUCUGGUCUGCCUUUUAACGCCCAGCCGAGAGGUCGCUUCCGCAAUGACUUCACCAAGCCGCUGGGCGUGUCCAAAGGGGAGCUUGACAAGACUCUGUCCGAAGCCGUAGUCAAAGUGGUUAUCCCGACCGAAAGGAAUCUAAUAUUCCUCAUUCACAGGAUGAUAGAGUUUGUGGUGCGCGAAGGACCCGUGUUUGAAGCCAUAAUAAUGAACAAGGAGAAAAACAAUCCAGAAUACAGGUUCCUUUUUGACAACAAAAGCCAAAAUCACGUGUACUAUCGCUGGAAACUCUUCUCAAUCCUCCAGGGAGAGCCGCCAACAGAGUGGAAAACCACUGACUUCCGUAUGUUUCGAGGAGGCUCCUUGUGGAGACCCCCUGUCCUGAACAACUACUCGCUGAGUGACGAAGAGCGGGCAGAGGCGGUGGAGGAUACUAACCCUGAGGAGGAGGUCAAGAAAGGGCAGCUUAGAAAUGAGCACAGACAGAGGCUGGAGACGUUGCUUAAAGAGCUCACCCCAAACAGAGAAAACAUCGCCAGUGCCAUGCUGUUCUGUCUCGAGCGAGCAGACGCAGCGGAGGAAGUAGUGGGACACGUCGCCGGGUCUUUUUCUUUGCUGCAGACGCCCCUUCAAAAGAAGAUUGCCAGAUUGUAUCUCGUGUCGGACAUCUUGCACAACUCGUGUGCCAAAGUAGCCGGUGCAUCGUACUAUCGCAAAUAUUUUGAAUCAAAGCUAACCCAGAUAUUUGGAGACCUUAAUGCAGCACACAAGAAUAUACAAGCCAGGCUGCAGGCGGAGCAGUUUAAGCAAAAGGUCAUGAGUUGUUUUAGAGCCUGGGAAGACUGGGCCAUAUACCCUGAGCCUUAUCUAAUCAACCUUCAAAACAUCUUUCUGGGCUUCGCCAAAGCAAGGGAAGAGUUGACAGAGGCAGCAGAGGAAGUGUCCGUUGAUCUCGAUGGUGCGCCCUUGGACAGCGCCCCUGUGGAUGACCUGGAUGGUUGCCCCAUCGGCUGGGACCCUCUGGACGGAAUCCCGGUCGAUGACAUAGACGGUGUUCCUUUAGGAGUCGCCAUUGACGACAUCGAUGGGAUGCCCUUGGAUGACCGAAAUGUCCCCCUCUCCAGAGUGCCUUUGUCUAAGUGGGAGAAGACGAGUGACACCGAGACAUUUUCUCAAGUCAAGGCCGAGUCCAAGUGGGACACCGUGGUGGAGCAAAACGAUGAGGUGAAUGUGAGUGUCAACUCGCAGCACGGGGAGGAGGAAUCGGAGGGCGACAGCACCGACGAUGACUCCUGCAGCUCAAUCAAAUACGACAGUGCAGACUUCCAGAGCUCCCUCCGAAGUUUUCAGAUGUCUGAGAGCAAAAGGAAGAGGUUGAGAGAGCUGGAGGUAAAGGUUAUGAAGAUCCAAGACGAGCUGGAAUCCGGCAAGAGGGCGAGAAAGUCCGGAAUGAGCAUACAACAUCAAGUGGAGCACUGCAGAAACAAACUGCUACAGAAGGAGUUCGAAAAAGACGAAGAAAAGAACGAGAGAUUAACGUCAAAGUCCAAAGACCGGUCAACGGAGGACAGAAGGGACAAAGAAAGGAGCAAGAAAAGCGACGACGGGGACAGAAGAAAAGGACAGAGUAGAGAUCCUGAGAGCAAGACUCGAAAAUCGAGGAGCAUCUCUCCUUUAAGGAAGAGGUCUCCCAAAUGGUCCAAACGUUCCCGAUCACCGUCUCCAGACAGGAAGGCGGGGAAGUCCAGGUCGCGGUCGCCGCACCGCUCCCACAAGAAGUCAAAGAAGAGCAAACAUUGACUCUCGGCUCUGGAGCUCGUCGUCCGUGGGUUGGACAGCGCAGCACUCUCUCUACACAGACUGACAUGUUCCUUCUUUUGGUCCCAACUCACACUAUCCACGAUCCAAGAUUCAGCGCUCUUUUGUAUCAUGAAGUUUGAACACUGUAACUAAUUAAAUAUAUUUUUUGUUUUUAUGUUUGUUUUUAAAAAUGACAACCAGAAAUGUUGCUGCAAAGUUCCGACACAAAAUAAAUCACUGUUGUUGAUCA